AUGGUUGUACUGAAACAGAUCUUGUCGAGCGCAGUGGCCUUGUUGGCCACCCUCCAAGUCUCCAUCGCAGCCCCCGCACCGAAAGUCGAGAAACGUGGCCUGAACAACUCGGCCCCCCUAGCAAGCGACAUCAACGGAGCCCACCUGUUGCUGCUGAACGAUGUCGACUCUGAGACUGCUAAGAAUGCAUUCUUGCUCCUCUCUGCCCCUAGAGGGUAUUAUGAUGGCAUGAAUGCCUGUAGCGCCAUGGGCGAUGUCACCCUCUUGAACAACAACGCAGUCGCCCAGAAGGAGAUCUCUGCCUUCAGUCAGUUCUGGGUUUACAACGGUGUCCCCGGCGUACUCUCUAACUGCUUGGCAGUGAACAAGAACACCGGCAAGACAGACUGGAUCCCCUGUUCCACCCAACUUCCCACCAUCUGCUUCAACUCUGUCCUCCGUCGCGUCCUCCUCUUCCAGGACACAUCCCGUCAAGUCAAAGUCACCACUCCCACAGGCACUAUCCAAGGCUGGCGUGACCAGAACGCUUUCCGCUUCUUGGGUAUCCCCUAUGCUGAGCCUCCCGUUGGGAAUCUGAGGUUUGCGAGCCCGGUUGCAAAGGCAGCGUUUACGGGGACUUUCGAUGCGUUGAGUUAUAAGGGUGUUUGUCCUCAGACGAGUCAGGAAGCAGGGUUUGUGCCGAUGUUGUUGAGUUAUCUUGAGAACGGUGCCACGGAGCAGGAGGAUUGUUUGAACUUGAACGUUUAUACCCCCAGUUUGAAGGGCACUGGACAGGAGCUUCUUCCCGUCAUGUUCUACAUCCACGGAGGAGGAUUCACAACCUACUCUGGCUCGGUCAUCAUCUUUGAACCCGGCAACAUGGUCUCCCGCGGCGGAGUCGUCGUCGUGACAAUCAACUACCGUCUCGGCAUGCUUGGCUGGUUCGAGAACGAAGCCGCCUGGGGUCGCUCCGAGAUCCAAGGAAACCAGGCCCUUCGCGACCAGAUCCUUGCCCUCAAAUGGGUCCAAAAGAACAUUGCUUCCUUCGGAGGCGACCCAACCCGUGUCACUGUCUUUGGUGAAUCUGCAGGUGCCACCAGUAUCCGUGCUCUUCUUGCUGCCCCCGUCGCCUUCCCACUUUACCAGGGCGUCAUUGGUGAGAGUGACCCGAUUAAUAUACCCUUCAAGACUCCUGAUGAUGCGGCCACGAUCACGACAUACUUCUUGCAGGCAUUGAAUUGUGCGGAUGUUGCUUGUGCGCGUACCCGGCCUGUAGAUCAGGUCUUGACGGCCCAGACGACUGCUAACGCCAAAGCCCUGGCGGAUGACAAGUGGACCACCUGGGCGCUGGUCGAGCGUCCUGUAAUUGACAAACUGUUGAUCUCUACCGAGUUCUCGGCCAUGGCUAAGGCGGGUACCUACAACACCAAAGCCAACAUCAUGUGGGGAACUGUCCACGACGAAGCUGGUCUCUUUGUCCCCCAGUACUUCCCCAACGUCGUCCCCAUCGCGAACGUGACUACAGCCCUCAGCCUGGUCUUCAGCCAGGCUCAGUCGGAACUGAUGUUGAGCAACCCCAUGUUCCAGCCUGAUCCCUCCGACUCGGACGCCGUCCGCAACCUUUUCACCCGUGCCGGUACAGAAUUCUACUUCUUCUGCCCACUCCGAUACCUCUCCCGCCAGAUGACCAAGCGUAAACCCGUUUACAACUUCCGCUUCAACCGUGGACGUGAUACCCCCUUGGUCGGUGAAGGUUACUGCUCCUCCAGCACCGGUCGUGUCUGUCACUCGGCCGAUAUCCAACCUGUUUUUGCUUCAGGAGCUGCUGUCCCUACGAUCAAACAAACAGGCGACGAUGCUCGUUUCGCCCGGCAGGUUGUCGACCGCUUCACCACAUUCGCCAAGACGGGCAACCCCAACCCACAACCCGGUCUCCAGGGUGUCGAGAACAAGAACCCCGACGUCACCGGUGUCAACUGGACGGCGUAUGAUGAUUCGAACCCGGUGUUUGAAUUAAACGUCCAGAGCUCCAUGUCGUCCAACCUUGAGAACGCAGAGUGCAACUGGAUCGAGACUGUGUUCAAGUACUCCUUCUGGACCGAGAUUCCUGGCAACUUGCCCUGA